AUGGCUGGUGUCAGAAUUAUGGGUGUACACGAACGAAUUGGAUUUGCUGCUCAUAAUGAAAAGAAGUCAGAACUCAUCAAGUGCCUUAGAAAACAUCGCCAUUUACUUGCUCAACACAAACUCUAUCGUACAGGUACGACAGGAUCGUUGAUUGAGAAAGAAUUCAAUGUAUUGGAAACAAAUUUUAACAAUGGUCUCUUGGGGGCAAAAAUUGCAACGGGCAAGCUUGGCAUUCUUAUCUUUCUCAUUGAUCCACUAAGUGCACAGCCUCACGAAGCCGAUAUCGAAGCACUUGUUCUAUUAACUGAAGUGUACAAUAUUCUUUGUGCAACGGCUGCUACUUCCAUUGAUUUUAUACUUACUUCAAAUAAUGAUAAACGAACCUGUCAUACGGCAAGUUCUUGUAUAUGGUGGAUAACCGAAAUCAUAAAGAAUCAUUUAACUUAA